AUGCAACAACCGUUUCCUGACCUCAUGAUGGAUGAUAUGGCUACCUUGCAGGGAGGAAAUCCUCUCCUUACAGGAGAUCCGUUGAUUUCUCAGGCCGGUGCUCAUCCAUCACCUCAUCUCACCGGUGGCAGCCAAAUGAGCCCCGACAUCCAGUGGGACCAGUCUGGCUUCAGCCCUGAAGGACAUAACGGGCUACAUCAGCAACAUAUGGACUUUUCCUGA